AUUAUAUUUCACAGAUAUGAUGAGCGGUGAGUGAGGCCAGAGGACAAAAUGUCGUUCUUCGGUAUGACCUGGAAGAGGAACAGAGAGACGGAGUUUGAGAGAAAACUUCGUGCUAAUGACCGAGAGUACAACCUGUCCUUCACGUAUGCGACCAACGGCAUUAAGACCUCGAAAUACAACUUCUUCACCUUCCUGCCACUCAACCUCUUUGAGCAGUUCCAAAGGAUCGCGAACGUCUACUUCCUGUUCCUUCUGCUGCUUCAGGUGAUCCCUCAGAUCUCCUCCCUGUCCUGGUUCACCACCGUCGUGCCGCUGGUCCUGGUGCUUGCUGUCACCGCAGCCAAAGACGCCACUGAUGACAUCAAUCGCCACCGGAGUGACAACCGAGUCAACAACCGUAAAGUCGAGGUGCUCAUCGAUGGAAAGUUGUGCAGCGAGCGAUGGAUGGACGUCAAGGUGGGCGACAUCAUCAAGCUGGAGAGCAACCAGUUCAUUACGGCCGAUCUUCUCCUGCUCUCCAGCAGUGAACCUCUCAACCUGGUCUACAUCGAGACCGCCGAGCUGGACGGGGAGACAAACCUUAAGGUGAGACAGGCUCUGACAGUGACUGGUGCCCUGGGGGAUGACAUCAGCAGGCUGGCUGGCUUCAAUGGGGAGGUGUGUUGCGAGCCCCCCAACAACCGUUUGGACCACUUUACCGGUACGCUGCUGUUCGGCGACCACAAGUUCUCCCUGGACAACGGGAAGGUCCUUCUGCGGGGCUGCACCCUGAGGAACACCCACUGGUGCUAUGGCCUGGUCCUGUUUGGAGGUCCAGACACCAAGCUGAUGCAGAACUGUGGGAAGAACAGCUUUAAGAGGACCAGUAUCGACCGUCUGAUGAAUGUCCUCGUUCUCUGUAUCUUUGGCGUCCUGGCCCUCAUGUGUGCCAUCCUGGCGGUGGGGAACUAUCUGUGGGAGAUCAACAAAGGAUACCAGUUCAACAUCUUCCUGCCCAGAGAGGACGACUCGGGGGGCGCCUCUUUGUCAGCCUUCCUCACCUUCUGGUCGUACGUCAUCAUCCUCAACACGGUGGUCCCCAUCUCGCUCUACGUCAGUGUGGAGAUCAUCCGGCUUGGGAACAGCUUCUACAUCGACUGGGACAGGAAGAUGUACGACGCCCGCAGCGACACGCCGGCCGAGGCCCGGACCACCACACUGAACGAGGAGCUGGGCCAGAUCAAGUACAUCUUCAGCGACAAGACGGGAACGCUCACCCAGAACAUCAUGACCUUCAACAAGUGCACCAUCAACGGAAAGACCUACGGUGAUGUGUAUGACUACUUGGGACAGAGACAGGAUGUUACCGAGAACACUGAGGUGGUGGACUUCUCCUUCAACCCCCUGGCCGACCCCAAGUUCUCCUUCUACGACCAUUCUCUGGUGGAGGCGGUGAAGCUGGGGAUCCCCGAGGUCCAUGGCUUUUUCAGGCUGCUGGCCCUCUGCCACACGGUCAUGGCUGAGGAGAAGAGCAAGGACCAGCUGGCGUACCAGGCGCAGUCUCCGGACGAGGGAGCGCUGGUCACCGCCGCCAGGAGCUUUGGCUUUGUGUUCCGCUCGCGGACGCCUGAGAGCAUCACCAUCGUGGAUGGGGAGCAGCAGCGCUACGAGCUUCUCGCCAUCCUGGACUUCGACAACGUCCGCAAGAGGAUGUCUGUCAUCGUCCGUAGUCCCGAAGGGAAGGUGUCUCUGUAUUGCAAAGGAGCCGACUCCGUCAUCUUUGAAAGACUGAACCCUUCCUGCAGAAAGCUGAUGGAGGUCACCACAGAGCACCUCAACGAGUUUGCUGGGGACGGUCUGCGGACGCUGGCGUUGGCCUACAAGGACGUGGACGAGGACUUCUUCAGCCGCUGGAAGCAGCAGCACCACAAGGCCAGCACCGCGCUGGAGAAUAGAGAGGCCCAGCUGGACCAGCUCUUUGAGGAGAUUGAGACGGACCUCUUGUUACUCGGGGCGACGGCGAUUGAAGACAAGCUUCAAGAUGGCGUGCCCCAGACCAUUGAGCAGCUGGCAAAGGCGGACAUUAAGAUUUGGGUUUUGACAGGAGACAAGCAAGAGACGGCAGAAAACAUUGGCUACUCCUGCAACCUGCUGCGUGAGGAGAUGAACGAUGUGUUCAUCGUUUCUGGAAACACACCUGAAGAAGUCAAACAGCAACUCAGGAGUGCGUGGAGGACUAUGAAGCCAGAUAUGGCAGAAGGCAUGGUCUUUCUACCAGAGAAGAUUCUGGGUAAAGUGGGGAGUGCACUCAAGGAUGAGGUUGUGUCUGGAGAGUAUGGCCUGGUGAUCAAUGGAAACAGUCUGGCAUACGCUCUAGAGGAGGCCAUGGAGCUGGAGUUCCUGUGGACGGCGUGCAUGUGCCAGGCGGUGAUUUGCUGCCGCGUCACGCCGCUGCAGAAGGCUCAGGUGGUCGAGCUGGUGAAGAAAUACAAGAAGGCCGUUACCCUUGCGAUAGGGGAUGGAGCCAACGAUGUCAGCAUGAUCAAAGCGGCCCACAUCGGGGUGGGUAUCUCCGGUCAGGAGGGCAUGCAGGCGGUGUCGUCCAGUGACUACUCCUUUGCCCAGUUCCGCUUCCUGCAGCGCCUCCUGCUGGUGCACGGCCGCUGGUCCUACCUGCGCAUGUGCAAGUUCCUGCGCUACUUCUUCUACAAGAACUUCACCUUCACCUUCGUCCACUUCUGGUUCGCCUUCUUCUGCGGCUUCUCAGCCCAGACGGUGUACGAUGAGUGGUUCAUCACUCUCUAUAACCUGGUCUACACAGCGCUGCCAGUGCUGGGCUUAAGUCUGUUUGAUCAGGAUGUGAACGACGCCUGGAGUUUCCAGCACCCUCAGCUGUACGUCCCGGGGCAGCUGAACCUGUACUUCAGCAAGAUGGCCUUCUUCAAGUGUGCACUUCACAGUGGCUUCAGCUCCCUCGUCCUCUUCUUCAUCCCUUACGCGGCCAUGUCGGACAGCAUGAGGCAAGACGGCAAAGAUCUGGGCGAUUACCAGUCCUUCGCUGUGGUCACGCAAACCUGCCUGCUCUUCACUGUCUGCAUUCAGUUGAGUCUGGAGAUGUCCUACUGGACAGCAGUAAACACGUUGUUCAUUGUGGGCAGUCUGCUGCUUUACUUUGGGGUUACGUUCACAAUGUACAGCAACGGCCUGUUUCGCCUCUUCCCCUCUGCCUUCUCCUUCAUCGGAACCGCCAGAAACACUCUGAACCAGAGCAACGUGUGGCUGACCAUCCUCCUCACCUCAAUCCUGUGUGUGCUCCCUGUCCUCACAUACCGAUUCCUCACCAUCCUGCUCUGGCCAACCAUUAACGAUAAGGUGAUGUUUAAGGCCCGGCAGGCGAAGGCGGCCCCCCCUCCCCUGUCGAAGAGAACUCGCAUACGCCGAGGGAGCUCGCGACGCUCCGGCUAUGCCUUCUCUCAUGCCCAGGGCUACGGCGAGCUGGUGACGUCACGGCGCUUUCUGAGACGCCCGGCUGUGUCUCAUUCGUCUCACUUCACACCGAUGAAGUCCACCUCCAGCUUCAUCCCCAUGGGGCGGUCGGCCGGGUACAGUCCCACAGAUGGGCCUCACAACGCUAAAGCCCAAGGCGUGGAAGGGACCUCGCUGCAGAUGUAUCGGAUCAUACAGGAUCAGACCUUAUGAAGGGCAGAUCCCACCUACAUUUACAUUUAGGGGAUUUUGCUGAAGCUUUUAUCCAAAGCGUCUUACAAUCAUUCAUUCCCACACCGACGGCGGAUUGAACCAUGCAAGGCUACAGUCAGCUCGUCAGGAGCUGUCAGGGUGAGGUGUCUUUCUCAGGGACACAUGAACACUCUGAGGAGCCGGGGAUCGAUCUAGCAACCUUCAGGUUACCAGGCAACCCGCUCUGCCUCCUGAGCCCCCCCCCCCCCUAGAUCCCACUUCAGACGCUUCAGCCUUACAGCCAAAGAGGCCCAGGGAAAGGUAUGGUGCUCAUGAUGCACUCUGAGGAACCCACAGGAAGAACCGCUUUGUGUUCAACUAAGGAAAUAAUGUCAUUGACUACACUCAUUGAUCUUGAUCUGUUGGUCUCUUGCUAUGCUGGCUUAGGGAAAGAAAUGCAAGGCCGAUAUAGAUGGAGGAACAUGAUGUGUUACGUUUACAGACUUCCAUCAGGUGCAAUUGAUCCUCCUUAUCCUGGUUGCAAUAUAACCAAGUGUCCAAGCAAUCCUACAAUCUCAAGUGAUUCUCUUUGUUUUCAGCAAAUACUGUAUAUUAUAGUCCAUUAUUGUAGCCUGUAUUACUCAGUAUUGGCAGCUAAUGGUGCCACUGUCUUCGACCAUUGUGUUUUUAUAUACCGUCCGAUACAUUUGUAUACAUAGUUUUUAUACAAUCCUGACCACUGCAGGUGAUUUUGUGUCCAUAUCGGGGAUGUACAGCAGUAUAUUUCCAUUAAUCCUGACUGCAGUAGUUAAAGAUGUAAUCAGUGUUUCCACAACAUGCGUCCAGCAGGGGAUGCAACACCACAGCUGGAUCCAUAGCGUCGGCUCAUGAGCAUUCAUUUUAUUAGAUUUUCCGUGGGGGGAACCUAUUUAUUAUAGGUGGCCCCUAAUGCAAGCCCCUCAAUUGUUACAUUGUCAUUGUCUUUGGAUACUUAUUAUGUAAAGAUACUGACUGCAAAAUAAUGUUCUGCUGUAGAAGAAUAAAAACACAUGCUACUGUAGGUGGCAUUAGCUCAUGAAUGGCUUUAGACUAAAUGUCAGAACCGAAAGAGAUUUUUGAUCUCAAUGAGACAGCAGUAUGAUGGAAAACAGACGAUAGGAUGGCUCAAAAUUAGACUGAAACCAUUGGCGCUAAUGCCAAGGCAACUUGGCUUGUGCACAUAAUGUGCUCACAUGCUAUUUCCUUUGGAGUUACAUUCUUAUAAGACUGUGUGAGAAUCAGACAUCAGCACUAUCUAGCACACAUCAAAGUAGUACACAACAGAGCACCACUGCUGGGGAAAAAAUUAAGGGGAAACACUGUUUGAUACAUAUUUAUAUAGUAUACAGAAAUACAUGACAAGAAUAUUGUUCAUUCACCAGUACAAUUAAUCAUUUCGUAUGAAAACCUUUCUCUAUUGUAUUAACUUGCUAUUAUGUCAUGGGAAAAAAAUGUAGUGGAUGGUGGCUGUAAACCAAAGACUUGCUGUAGAACAAACGUUGCUGGCUUGUUAAAAGCAGGUGAUCUUCAUUAAUGUUUCCGCCCUGUGUGUGCCUCUUGUCUUUCUUUGUGUGGGAUAUCUCAAAAGGUUGGGCAGGGAUUUGCACCACAUUUAGUGGGUUGGUCAGUUAUGGGCCAAGUAACAAUUGAUUCACUUUGCCAGCCAUUCAGCCCAAAAAGCCGCUGCAUAUCAAAGAAUGAAGGAUAUUAAGAUUAAACAAAUUUAGUUGGAGUUCAAAAGACAAGCUGAUCAGGGUUAAAGAUUCACUGUGAAAUGUUGGAUGAACUCUGGCAGGGAGAAGACAUUCCCCACACCAACACGGGGAUUCAUGCUGAUAAAGUCAUCCAGGUUCAUCACCGAAUCUAAGUAGAAGAGAAGACAAACGGUCAGAUGUGAACACCCCAAGCACAGACUGAGACAAGGUGGAGCACAACUACCCCAGGGUUGUGGAUCAAGGUUAGCAAAGGGAAGUUCAGGGUAGUUGGUUUGGCUAUAGUGCCUAACCCUCUAGUAACAAAUUACUCGGGUCUCAGGUAAAACCUUGUUUCAUCAAACAUUAUGAGGGCUUGCCAUUCCAUGAUUCUUUGGUAUGUGAGUGUUUAUCAAUGACAAGACACACGGGCCUUGUGAAUAGCCAUUAGAAGCUCUUAGAGUGUAGAAGAAUAACUAGUCAUGUGCUCCUACUUGGAGUUUAUAUAUUUGAUAUUUAUGAUUGUCUUUGGGUUCGUUGGAGGUCAGAGGUCACCUGGUGUCUGGAUGCAGGGGUAGGGAGGUGGGGGCUUCUGCCACACUCCGGCCUGCUUCAUGUGCGAGCGGUCCGACGCGAAGGUCUUGAGGAAAACCUUGGCAGGGAUGACCCUCACCUUCCUAAACAGGGUGGAGGCAGCAAGGUUAGCGUUAGCUGGGAUAGCCUUCCUAAACAAGGUGGGGGCAGCUAGGUUAGCGUUAGCUGGGAUAGCCUUCCUAAACAGGGUGGAGGCGGGCGGCUAGGUUAGCAUUAGCUAGUAUAGCCUUCCUAAACAGGGUGAGGCAGCUAGGUUAGCAUUAGCUGAGAUAGCCUUCCUAAACAGGGUGGGGGCAGCUAGGUUAGCAUUAGCUGGGAUAGCCUUCCUAAACAGGGUGGAGGCAGUAAAGCCUUAGCUGGGAUAGCCUUCCUUAACAGGGUGGAGGCAGCUAGGUUAGCAUUAGCUGGUAUAGCCUUCCUAAACAGGGUGGGGGCAGCUAGGUUAGCAUUAGCUGGGAUAGCCUUCCUAAACAGGUGGAGGCAGCUAGGUUAGCAUUAGCUGGAAUAGCCUUCUGUAACAUGGUGGAAGCAGCUAGAUUAGCAUUAGCUGGGAUAGCAUUCCUUAACAGGGUGGAGGCAGCUGGGCAAUGAUAAGCAGGCUGAAAGUAGCUAGGUUAGCGUUAGCAGGGAUAACCUUCCUAAACAGGGUGGAGGCAAGUUCAACUUAUUCUAGUCCCAGCCUCCUCCGUUCAUUUUUAUUACGUCACCAUUUGACAUGUCCUGAAGGUCUGGUAUAUUGAGCUAAGUUAAGUCUAGCAUGGUGCUAGUAUCUGAUGAGGACCUUGGCACUACCUCCAGAAGGCUGGUUUGAGUCCCUUGUCCGAACGGAAGGCCUGCUCAGCGUAGAGCUGCAGGUCGCAGGGACAAUCCAGCACAGAGUCCAGGUCAUAGAUGAAGCUCUGCCCCCAUUGGCUGCUCUUGUGGAGCAGAAUCACAUGAUAGUCCUAGAAACAAAUACAACACACAGAGUUGAAGCACACAAGUUGGCUAAUCUGUUGGCAGAUAGCACUAACAACUUUGACUUGUCACCGUGGCACAACACAUCACUAACAUAACGGUGACUGUGUAAACCAAACUAUGAUGUACAACUUUGAAGUGAUUGGUAGAGUUGUUAUUUGCAUGAUUUUUUUCUUGAUUCUAAAUAUUGACUCUCAACUUAUAAACUAUAUCCACAUGGUAUUGAAUAUAGUAUAGGCAACUACAAUGAGUUAAAUGUAAUGAAUACCCAAAUCACAGGUUCAUUUCCUGGGCCGGAUUUCUGCUUCCAGAGAGGAACCUGUGUAUUACAAACACAAUUGAAGAAGAUUUAAAAUCAAUGACACAAAAAUGCAGA